AUGGUUCAAGUACGCGCAUCGCUGGUCAAGGCGCUUGAGAGCGUCUUGCUACGGCGUCGACGAUCACCGCUCGCUUUAGCACUGCGCGCAUUCAAGGACGCAAACCGAGUCAACAGGCAACUUCGACCUCGUACUCGAGGCGUUUCGUGUUCGCUCUUCCCGUUCUCUUCUGCUACCGGCUGCAUCGAUGCAAGCGAGGAGUUGCAGCAACGACUGCAUGAUCCCAUGACACACGGUCUGCUGCGCACUCUGAGCUCAUGCUGCUUGAAGCUUUCGUUCGUGGCAUUGAGACGCUUCCAGUCUUCGCGGAGAAGCAAGUUCUAA